AUGACUUACCAACAACCGGAUUCAGGCUCUAUUCCCGAGUAUAACAAGAAUGCUAAUCCUUUUUUUCAAGAACCCCCUCCUUUCUUCAAGUACACCUACACUCUUGAGUUAACUUGCCUUCCAUCAACAGUCAAGCAGGGGGAUUUGGAAGAGCUUGUGGACUCCAUCAUUGAGGCAAACUACACCUACAACACCAAUGUCUCGUACUCUGUGGUACUGUUUACGUUACUAAGGGGGAUCAAGAGCCACCAGAAUGGUGAAAAUUCUUCAGUAACAGGGGACCAUUCAGCAACCAUCUCCGCCACAUUACAUUUAAGUAACUGGGAACUAUGUACAACCCUCUUGGAGUCCCUCAAUGGGUUCGAGUGGCGUGACAGCAUUGUGGAUGCUAAACUUUCCAACACUACGCCCAUGCCCCCUUCCAGUUUUAUCAAUAGAUCUGCUUACUAUAACCCCUACUUUCCCGUUAUGCCUGGCUCUUUCAAUAACGGCGUUAAUGAAGAUAUGAGUUCAGGCAAUUUUUCACCAUCAACCUCUUUGCCUCCUUCACCUCGCUAUCUAUCAAGAAGGUCUUCUUCGAAUCGAUCCUUUGACUCUCGGAAAAAUUCAAGAAGCAGAAGUGUACCAAAACAGCCCGUGCCACCCUUCAUUGUCAAUAUGGUAAGUAAUAGGGAUACUUCAUACAGUCCUCCUAUACCCGAGCAGCAAGAUCUGCUCAGUGAAAAUAUAGAAGAUGAGGAUAAUCUCAUCUAUGUUAAAAAUGAGGAUACUGAUGAGUUGAUCAAGGUCAAUGCCUACCGUUUAUUCAUCGGAAAUGUACCUUAUUCUUCUACCUGGGCUCAUUUGAAACACUUUUUAAUUACUAGAUCAAAAGAGAUUGACCCAGAUACUGAACUUUCCAUCCUUCGAGUUGAGAUCCCAAUGCAAUCAGGAACGCUCAUGGGAUCUUAUAAUCGUGGAUCUGGGCAAGUGGAUGAUAUGGUAAUAGACCAUUCGUACCUUCAAUAUCAGGUACCAUACUCUAAGAGUAGAGGUUUUGCAAUUGUUACCACUGGUAACAAGGAAACUUCUGAACUGCUAAUAAAAAACUUCGACAAUGAGGAUUUCGAGGGCAGGUCUUUGACAGUUCGGUACGAUAGGUUUCCUGACUACAACAAUUAUGUCUUGCAACAAUUACAUCCAUCAAACCCCCGUUCAAAUUCUUCCCUAGGUCAUUUGGCCUUUGAAAGAAAUAUGUUGCAACAAAAGUUCUAUAAUGGAGUUGCAGGAAAUCCAAACGUUCCUGGUAGCUAUAUGGUUUAUCCAUAUUAUUACAAUGCCCCUCAACAGAUACCAAACAUUCACCCAUCCAUGUCAUUCCCAUCACCUGGUAAAAUUGGGAAAGCGAUCCCUCAAUCAAGUACACCAGUCUCCGCAAAUCUGUAUUCACAAUAUCAACAGCCAGUCAAACCAACCCAAGAGACAUUCAGAAAGAGCAAACAGGAUAAGGAGCCCCAAAUCAAGUUUUCUUCGAAGACAUUAGCCGAUAUUGACUCCAACGAAUCUCAUCCAGCUAUUCCAGUCGAUGUGGAUCCAAAAGCUAAGCUUUCUGAAGAUUUAGAAGCGGAAAGGGCCCGAGAUUUGGUGAAUUCUUUCGAAGGGAUAAACAUUUCAGGUGGAGAUGAUCAUUAG